AUGGUUUUCCUGAUUUUUCUAGUGACUAGUUGUUGUAUAUCGAUAGUUUCAUCCUCUUCAAUUCUUGUGGAUUUCAGCGCGUAUGCUGUAUCUCGACCUCAGGCUUAUUUAAUAGAAUAUUCACCACCAGUCGGGUACCCGCCAUCAGGGUCCGCUGUUGACGGAAACACCUUUUUUUCGGAGAUCAAUGGAACUAUUUCUGCAACUGAAUAUGUUAUUAAUGUGAGCGCGAUUCUUGAUAAUGGAAUGCGGCAGAAGGUGGCAAGCUUCAGCGUAUUUAGCAGUCCCGAUGCGCCAUCGCUUGAUUCCAUAGAGACCACUGAGCAUGAGGCAACAAUAUCGUACUUUCCGCCGCAAGGUCAAAACAUCACUUUCCAAAUAGAAUACUUCCCGGAAGGACAUAAAGAGUACGCGAAUUCCAUUGACACGAAAGCAGCUCUCGUUCGCCUACGCGGCCUCGAUGCCGGCACAACAUUUCGUUUGCGCAUUCGAUCGGUCUACAUGGGCGUAUACUCGCAACAGCUCAUUGAUACCACAUUUGUGACGCAGGGCGCUUCAAAUUAUGAUUACUCAUCAUCUGUGGAAACUGGUUAUAGUGUGAGAACGUUGCCGCCGAACAUUUUUAGUGCGUCUACUACGCUGGCGACUACAGAAUCUUCUUAUGAAUACUCGCAAGAGGAGGAGACUGCCACCCGCUCGAUGCCUUUAGAAACAACAGAGAUGGUUAUGGUAUCCACCACGACCACUAUGCCAUCGGUGACCACCAUCAUUACACCAUCCACAACGAGUUCAGAGAUCAUCACAACGUUGACCCCGAUCAUAACAACAUCAACUAAAAGAGCUGCGGAAGUUGUGGAUUCCGGCGAUUUGGGCUCUGAUCAUCCAACCGAAUCACAUGGAGAGCCGUUCAUCGAUCUUGAUACGAUGAUUCGUGAAUAUGGCGAGCCGUCGGAUAUCGGUCUCAGCGACGAGACAAACAUGCUGCGAUUAGAUUGGGAUGCGCCGGAUGAUGCUCCAUGUGACGCCUUUUUCGUCAAUUAUACAAUCUUGAGUUUGAGCAAACCGCGAUCUUUUUCUUUGGCGACGUCCGAUGAGCAUGCAAAAAUAAAAUUUUUCACGGACCACACAUUAGAUAUCCGAGUGUUCUGCAUGCUUGCUGGGGCAUUGUCGAAGACAUGGUGGGCUCACAGAAUUGCCCAUCUAUCAAAGCCGAAGGCAAUUGAAAAUCUUCGAGUUGUCAACACAACCACUGACGAUUUUUAUGUGUCAACUAUCAAAAUUGCCUGGGAUUGGCCCACUUAUCAUGAUUUUGUUCAUUAUCGCAUUGUGGUAUCCUACGGGCUUAAAGAUACUUCAAGCACUCAGGAGAUAGAAGUGACGUCAAAACAAGAUUUCAUCGAAAUUGACAAGCUUGAAGCCGCUAACGCUUAUAAGAUCUCAAUUCGAAACUCUUCUGUCGAACUAUCUUUAACAUCAAAACCUACUGUUAUUGAGCAAAUCACUCCGCCAAUAAUUUCAUCAACAGUUUACCCGGGACAAAUCUCAUCAACAUCCAUUAAUAUCAAUUUUGGAGAUUCCGAUCCAGAGCAAGGACGAUUCGACUAUUAUCUCUUAACUUUCAGCGGAAAUAAUAAGAACAUUUCCAAAAAGGUUGAAAUGGAUCAAGAGAAAUCGUUCACGUUCACAAAGUUGAUUCCUGGAAAGACAUAUCAGUUUUCGGUUUACACUGUCUACAAAGGCGUCAAAAGUCGGCCGGUGUCCGCAGAUGUUACAACAUAUCCUUUGAAAGUGAACAAGCUGUAUCCAGUGGUUGGUCGCGAUUAUGUUGUUCUUUACUGGGAUAUUGAAAAUUUCGCGGAUUCCGAUUGCAGAUUCCGUUUGAGUUAUAAUGCUGAUAACAUUCCGACAGUGUCUGUGGAAUUGAAGGGGGCAAGUCGACAUCGAUUCGCUGGCCUUCAAUCCGACGUAUAUUAUACAUUCACAAUCACGGUGAUUAUGGGAACCGCCAAAGCGGCCGCAGAAUCCGAGUCUGAAAUGGGAAGUCGGGAACUCGUUGUGUCAUUUGACAACGACCACUCAGUGUUCUCUGAGCUCAACGGAGCACCUGAAAAUUUCGCUGUUAUCGUUUCAGAUGAUACCUCGUUAAACGACGAUAACUAUGAAUUGAAGUCAUGGUUCGAAGUAAAGGAUGAAGACGUCUGGGGAGCCUAUAGAGCAUCGCCGUCCACCUGGAAUCCGUUUGACUCGGAUCGAGUUCGACAUGCUGCAUUUACCGUUGGAACAGAUGAUUGCGUGAAACGGAGUCUUGACGAGCCGUACUGCAACGGAAUUCUUCGUGCCAAUACCGACUAUCGUGUGAAAAUUCGUAUGUACACUGAUACAAUGGUCGCCAUGGAAUCGGACUGGGGCCGAAUCGAGGGCGAGAAGAGCGAUGCUAAUGAUGAUGAAAGCAGCGAAGACGAUGAAUCGAAUGAUCGCCGAUUCCCAUGCCACAUUGAAGAGGAAGAAAGAAAUGAAUCUCUGACAGGAGACAAGAUGAUGGUUGAAAAAACCCAAAAAACACAAGAAGUUUCGCGUCCACCACGGAACACGGAACAAGUAGAUGUAAUGAAAAUGCUAGCAGGCACAAAUCUGUUAGAAGUCCCUGAGUUCGAUGGGAGACAAGAAAACUGGAGCCCAUUUUGGGAAAUGUUCGAGGUUCUAGUUGAUAAACAAAAUGCACCGAACGUUGUAAAAUUUAACGUGCUGCGAAAGGCAUGCAGAGGCGAUGCCUAUGAACAAAUAAGGAAAUACCCUGCCGAUGGAAGCGCGUACCACGAGGCAGUGAAAAGAUUACAAGCCGUCUACGGCAAUACAGAAAAGCAGUUUCGAAAACUGCUAAGCCAGCUUCAAGAAGUGAAGCCAGCGAGAGACGAUAUAAGAAGUUGUCGAGCAGUGUUUAACACAUGUUCGGUAAUAGUUUACGGGCUGAAAAAGCUCAACCAAGAGGUCGACAAUGCAGUCCUCAAAGAACUUAUAAGAAAAAAAUUCCCACGAUGGGUUAACCACAAAUUGCUUAAGAAUGAAGCAAGAAAAGACGACGCUAAAGACGCCAGCGCCGAGUCCAUGUUAGAGGACAUCGAAGAUAUGAUAAGCUUGAGAGAAGCUGAAGAUAGCGACAGUGAAGAGCUGUCAGGGAAAAUAAAGGCCUUAAAGGAUCAAGUGGCAAGAGCCGAAGAGCCGUGCUCGUACUGUGGCCUAGCUAACCACAAGUCGGACACGUGUAGAAAGUUCGGUUCUUUGGACCUCCGCAGAGAGAAAGCGGGAAAAGACGGAUUGUGUUUUAACUGUCUGAAAAAAGGACACUACAGUACACAAUGCCGCAAAGAACAAGGAUGUGAGCCUGGCAUUGAGGCGAUGAUGGAAUUAGAUGGUAUAGGGAUCAACGAAAAAGAUCCAACAGACUCUGAAAUUAUGAAGAAUUUUAGAGAGACCGUGGAAAUGAGUCUCACAGGUGAGAUCACGGUCAGAUGGCCUUGGAAAGAGGAGAAAAAGUGGCAGUUAGCCGACAACCGCACGGUUGCAUGGCAAAGAUUGAUGCAGACCUACAAUGCUCUGCACCAGAAAAAAGAAUGGGAGCUUAUGCUCGAAAUAUUUAAAAAACAAGAAAUUGAUGGAAUCAUCGAAGAAGUGACCAGCAAAGGUCAAAGUCCGGUAUAUUACAUACCGUACCAAAUUGUAAAGAAUGACAAUUCUGCGACAACGAAACUCAGAAUAGUGUUUGAUGCGUCAUCCCACAGAAAGGGUUGCAUAUCACUAAAUGACGCAAUUCAUCAAGGUCCAGUUAUACUACCAGAAUUGGUAGGAAUAAUACUGAGAUGCAGGACGGCACGCUAUGUACUCAUAGCAGACGUCGAGAAAGCGUUUCAUCAGAUUCGCUUGCAUAAGGAGGAUAGAGACUCCACCAGAUUUUUCAUGUUGAAAGAUGAAAAGAAGCCGCCAACAGCGGAUAACGUGAAAAUUAUGCGUUUCACAAGAAUACCUUUCGGGGUAAAUGCAAGCCCAUUUCUACUUGCAGUUAGUAUUCAGCAUUUCUUCGAAAAUGCACAAACAUCGGAGAUUCUCCAAGAAGCAGUUGGAAGAAACUUGUACGUAACAGACGAAAGUCAAGUCCAGCAAGAACAGACACCAGAAGAAAGUGUCAAAGAAGAAGAGUCGGAUGAAACCCCAACAAGGAGGAAUCCGACAAGAGCAUGCAGAAGACCAAGAGGUUGGGUAACGCAAUUAGCAUCUAUCAUGAUGAUACUAGCGUUACUAAUCAUGAACGUGGGAGCAGUCCCUUCCAAGGAUUUGCCAUCAUAUGAAGAAGUCAAACUCAACCAAACGUUGGGAAGACAAGAAGGGGUGUUAAAAACUGUGGACAAUAGAACAGUUUUGAACCCUCAGAAAUUGAUAGCGGAUACGCGUCACAUAAACGUCAGAAAGAGUCAAGUUACUAGUACUGUAGCACCGCUAAAAGCGAGUCUAAUAACAACGACAGUAGCAGCAACUACCAAAAAGACAGAUUCUGACAAGAAAAAGAAUCAGAUAAAAAGGCUCUUUAUGAAAAACAAGCACAUUGACCGACUGGACAAUGGUAUACUACUCCGUAAAGAUGAUUCUGAAAUUAUCUGUACAAACAAUGGUGUCAAUCUGAUUGACAAGGGUAUCAAUACCAAGAUGAACUACAAGAUUUGUAGUAAUAACUAUUGUGUGUCAGACAUCACACCAAGCUUCAUAACCAAUAUCGCACUACCACGCGAAGAAAUGAUCUCAAUUCAUAAGAUAAGCUGGAAAAAAGCUAUUGGCAAUCGCUACGGCAUUGUCGAAAAAGAGUGUCCAGCAAGGGACACAUGCACAAAGAUCGAUUGCAUAAUUUGCCCAGAUAUUGUGUGGAAUCCUCACUGUGCUCCGAUAAGAUUCGCGAUUCUAAUCGCGAUCGGUCCUAAGGGUAAGGAAAAUACCAUUACCAAAAAAUUCAACCAACCAAUAGUGGCUGAGAAAUGUAAAGUGCUCUGUGGCACAAAAAACAACUAUUUCCUCGCCCAAGGAAUACUAGUAUACGUUCCGAGCACAGACUACGUGGCGGAACAAAGUGACGAGCACGGAAAAGCCUCGGAUAGCACAAUAUUCGAGAUCCACGCUCCAGAUAACACAGGAUUCUUUUCCCAGAUCGGACACAUUAUUUCGUCCACAAUCCAACACGCUAUAUUCUCGCGUUCAUCUAGCAGAUGGACGAAGGUCAGGCCAAACAAUCUGACGAUAAGAAAAAGGGGCGGAGCAAGAUACUCCACCAAAGACGCCUAUAAAAGCGAAGUCCGAGAGGACAAAGGCAGAAUAUUCAUGUCUGCCAACAACGCCAUAUUCAUGCUGUCGCAAGCGCAGCUAAUGAAAGUCAUUGCUCAACAAGGAGCCCGAGGACCGUCUCGCAUACGCAUCUGCGUAUUCUGCGAAAAAGGCCAUUGGCCUAGUGAGUGCAGCAACACGCACUCAACGGUCGAAGAACGCAAAACGGUCCAGAGACAAAAGGGGCUGUGUCCCAUUUGCCUAAGAAAAGGGCACAACGCUUUGCGUUGCCGAGCACCACGCACAGACACCUGCAAGGUGAAACAGUGCGAAAAGAAGGGACUCAUCCACCACGCACUAUUGUGCAAGAAACAGCCAGGAAAAGAAGAGGAGCCUGCCGCGGCGCAGGCCCUCGAGGAGAUGGACGCGGAGGAGAUUCUCCGCUCGCCCUCGCCAAAUAAAGAAAUUUAA